UAAAAUUUGGGAUUAAUAAUUAAACUGCCAUUUCCCGCGAGAAUAAUUUCACAAAUUCACUCUUCGUUUUCAACUAGGGUUUCGGCGUCUGAGAUUUGCAGAGAUUUUUUCCGAUUUCCAUUUCCCCGAGAAACUCAUCAGCUUCGAAAUCUAACUGAGGUAUGGAUACAACAAAUCCUGCUGUCUUCGUCAAUGCUGAGCUCCUCCGCUUGUACAUGGGAAGGAGAGUUCGAGCUGUGAUUCAGGUUAUGCGCUCUGAUGGCGGUGGCACAGUGAACGGGAGAUCUACAGAUGAUCAGCAGAUAGUUGUGAAAGGCAAUCCACCUGGUCCUCUUACAACAUUUGUUGAGGUCACAGGUAUCGCUGACAGUAACCAAUCUAUCCGUGCUGAAGUAUGGUCCAACUUUGGGGACACACUAGAUACAUAUAGCUAUAACCGUAUUUGCAUGCUGGCAAAUGGCGAUUACAAACACUUGUUCAUAUGAGGACUCAAAAAUGACAUGAUUUAGUGGAUCCUAAUAAGUGAUCCAACUCUUUCACCAUCUCCAUCCUUUAUUUUUAUAUACAUGAUGCCCGUGAAUACUUGUUU